UUGUCCUUGUCUUUUAGUUUCUACUCCUUUCUUCUCCGCUUCCGUUAGUCUGACUCUGAGCUGUAAAACGCCUUGGGCGAAUUGAUCGUCGUCGAUGGAAGAUUACGACCGAAAACAACCGUACAGCGACGGAAUGAUGCAAAUCCAGCCGUACAAUGGCGUUUCCCGCGAUUUCCAGAGCUACAGCGCGUCGUACGGACAGACCCAGAUGGAGAACCCGAACCCGAACCCGAACGAUUUCAAGCUGAAGAAGGGGAAAUCGUAUUCCGGGUCGAAAUCGUGGGGAUUAUCCGACCCGGAAAUCCAGAGGAAGAAACGGGUCGCGAGCUACAAGAUGUAUAGCGUUGAAGGGAAAGUCAAAGGGCCGUUUAGGAAAAGCUUUCCAUGGCUCAAGCAGAGGUUAUAAAACCCGGUUUAUAAAGUGUCUUCUUGUCCGUGACAAGAUUCAACAGAAGCGUUGUCUGAUGUUGCAACCUCAUAGAGAGCUCUUAUUGGGAGCCAUUUGCAGAACAAUCCAGAUCGAAGUCUACUACACUCAACUCCGUCAAAGCAGAUUGGGCGACAUUGCCUGUUUCUGGAUUUUGGUUGCAUGGCUUUUCCGGACAGUGGAUUGCUUUAUGAUUGGGUUGGUCUUGGACGCUCAUGAAGCAUCUAGUUCAUCGGGAUUCGAUACGAUUAUUUAAAAAAUUCGGUUUGGGGGCAUCUUAUGAAUUUACUUGGAUGAGAGAUGCAAUCUUUGAAGAUUGAUAACAGUAUCAGGAUCCAAACUGAAAUGCUGGCAAAGAUGCUGCUUGUGCUUGUUUGUUUCUUUGGUUACAUCUCCAUUUUUCAGAGUGUUGAGACACAAGUAAGGAUUGAUCAUUGUUUGAUGAAUUGUCCGAACGACUUCAUGCCUCUUUGGAAGAUGUCUUUUUGUUUUACUUUCUGUGAAAUAGAUUCUGAAGCACCUGAUUCA